AUCCCCCCCCCUAUUUCUGCUUCGUAUUAAAACGCGGAAAAGUUGUGUGUGGGGUUUUGUGUUUGUUGCAAAAGACGAGCCCCGUGCUUUCUCGGAGGUCCCUUUUUUGUGACAUCUCGCACCACAGAAGUCAGAAGCUCUAGUCAGACGGACAGUUCUAUUGGCCGAAGACGAAAUUUCCUAAUUGCUUUUGACCCUUUUCUCCUCGCCGUUCAUAGGAGACAGCGGGGAAAUGGCAGGAGUCUGUCUUCUGCUGUCUCUCCUCCCGCUGCUCCCUCCCACGCGCCCCUGCCCGCCCAAAGUAGAAGGAAAGGAAUGCACGCUCUCAGGAGGAGCGAUAUGAAUUAAUUGAUUUGUAAAUAUUGCCCCGUCAGUGCAAAUCCAGGCUUGUAAUAGUUAAUCGUUGUGAUCCCCGUAUUGUGGGUGUGAGACAAUAACUUAUCGUCAUGUUUGUGGUAUCAAAAAUAACCGGAAAAACUGGUCUACAGAAACUUACCAGUCUGCUGCUUGAUAUUACGCUUUUGGGGCUCACCGUAAAAGAGAAGAAAGGAGAAUUGAGAAAGCAACUGUAAUAAGGGUUCUAAAGAGUGUUUUAACAGUUUUAUAGCACUAUAGGGUUGAAUUGUGUCCAAGGUACAGUGGGAUAUCGUUGAUGCAAGUCUCUCGGUUGCUCCUCUUCGUCCCCCUCACAAAUGGGUUAUGGUAAUUCAUGAUACUGCAAUGGAGCUCCUCGAAGAAGAUCUUACAUGCCCCAUUUGUUGUAGUUUGUUUGAUGAUCCACGAGCGCUUCCCUGUUCACAUAACUUCUGUAAGAAGUGUUUGGAAGGGAUCGUGGAGGGAAACGUCCGGAAUGUAAUUUGGAGACAGUCUCUCUUUAAAUGCCCAACAUGUCGGAAAGAAACUACUGUUACAGGGGUAAACAACCUCCAAGUCAACUAUUCCCUCAAAGGUAUUGUAGAGAAGUAUAAUAAAAUUAAGGUAACUGAAAAAAUGCCUGUGUGUAAAAUGCACAGUGGUCAGCCUCUCAACAUUUUUUGUGAAACAGACACGCAGUUGAUAUGUGGCAUCUGUGCAACUCGAGGAGAUCAUAUAAAGCAUGUGUUUUGCUCCAUUGAAGAUGCUUAUUUACAGGAGAAACGUGCUUUUGAAACAUUGUUCCAGGGGUUUGAAACAUGGCGUUGUGGUGAUGCCCUUUCUCGACUGGACACUCUGGAAACCAACAAGCGUAAAGCACUUCAGAUAUUGACAAAGGACUAUGACAGAGUAAAAGAUUUUUUUGAGAAAUUGCAGUAUACCCUGGAGCAAAAAAAGAAUGAGAUUCUUUCAGACUUUGAGACAAUGAAGCUUGCAGUCAUGCAGGCAUAUGAUCCAGAAAUUAAUAAACUAAACACUAUUAUACGAGAACAACGAACAGCUUUUAACAUAGCAGAAGACUCUAAGGAUGUGUCUGAACCCAUUGUAUUUUUGCAAAAGAUGCAAGAAUUUCGAGAGAAAAUCAAAGUAAUUAAGGAAACCAAGUUGCCUUGUCUUACUGUGGACAUCAAUUCCACAAUGAAAGGCUUUGAUACUAGCCAGUGGGAACAAUUUAAGCUAGCAGAUGUAGACAAACUUUCUUUACCUCAGGAGAAAAGUACUUUUAACCGGGUAAUUUCUCCAUUGUUUUCACCUAAAUUUAUUGUGAUUGCUUUGUUUUGCUUGCUUAUAUUUGCUACCACUCAGAUGUCUUUUAUGGACUUUCUAUCUAACACUUUCCAGUACUGGAAAAAACUUAUAUUUGCAUUUUGCACAGGUUAUCUAACAGACCCAGUGGAAAUGGCAGAUCAUGCUAUCUUCUACUGGGAGAAAAUGGCUGAUACUGCUACCGUUCUAAGUGAAAAAUGUGUAAAUUACACCCUGGAGAUGUUGGAUAAGAUUGCCCAAUUUGUGUGCAAAUAUAAACUUUUGUAAUUACUAUCCAUGUACAAAAAAGGUAUGUUCAAACUGAUUGCUUUAGAAUGUUUUUUAAAAAUGCAGUGGUAAACUAGAGGAUUUAUUAAACUGUCUUGAUGCUAUUUUUCUGUGGUUCAUGUAUUAAUACGUUGAAAUAUUUUGCACAUUGUUUUUGAAAGGAGCUGCCUAUUUAUUUGAAAAUGCCACUUUCUAUCUUGUUUUUCCCAAGGUGAACGACAUGAGUUGGAUGUUUAAUGUGAAUCAAUGUGCAGUGCAGAAUAUGUAAAAUCUAAUGAAAAAUUGCAACACUGUUGAAUGAAUUUCAAAGACAAGAAGGACAUAUAUGGGUUGAGAAAAAUGUUUAAGAAUAGGUUGUAGUGUCUAGUAUUCAAAUAUACACUAGGAGCUUCAGGAAUGUGGUACAUUGCAAAGCUCAAUUACUGUUCUGGAUACUUAAGUACAAAGGAAAGAAAAAUUAAGUAGUAUUAACUUUUAAAAAUUUGUUGCUACUUAUACUCUGAUCCUCAACAUACCUUCCUUGAAAGUAAGUCUCACUGACUUUAAAGGAAAUCAUUUCUAAAUAAAUAUAACCAAAGUUAAAGUUAGUUGUGUUGAUCUAAAAUAUAAAAUCCAAAUCCACAUUAGGGCAAUAUCUUUAUUAAGCCAAGCAGAAUGUUACAAAAUAGUGUGAAAGCUUUUGAAUUCCCCACAACUCUUUAGCAGGCUGGAUGUUGGUGUUGAUCAAGCCAUUUUAGGCUGCAAUCCAAAUCCAGCGAGGUUAGGAAGAGGUUUCCCUUUGCCCAGCCCUAACUGCUCUCCUCACCCGUGGAGUGAGGCCCAUGUCAAUCCUCCAGUGCUAAGAUCCCCAUCUGAAAAGGAAGGUGGAAAUACCAUUGACAGGAAGCCCCAAAAUGGGGCAUUAUGGGGAAGGGCUGAGUCAGCCCAUGAUCUGUUGGAUUCUGAUUCAGCCCCAUUGCCAUUGCUUGAUGGCAUUGGGCCCAGUUGCUGGCUUAGCACAGAGCAGGGUUUUGCAUAUUCACAUUCUAUAUGGUGAACUCAAGAGUUCUUCACUCAAAUGUAAAAUUGUUGCUGAUCUAACAAAAAUAUGGAACUUGUCCCUCACAUUAGCUUCUGUACCUGAGGACUGAUCCACUCGGAAGUCCUGCUGAAUUCACUGGUUCUUACUCCCAGAUAAGUGGGGUUAGGUUGGCAGCCUAAACUGAGAAUUUACUGUCAGCUUCCUCAGUUUCCAAAACAGUCAAAUGUAUUUCCUUGAUCACAAAUCUGAGCUGUAGCAACAUUUGUGAAUCUCUAUGUCACAGAUGCACUGCUCAUUUGGGUAGAUUGCUGGUGGUGGUGGUGAAGGAAGUAGCCCUUCAGUUCUGCAUGAGAUCAUAGUGUGUCCUAAGUUUGGAUGGUGUUCUGGUCAGGGUCUCAGCUGCCAGUCAUUUAACACGCUUCUGAGAUGGUUCUUUAUUUCAGUUGUAAUAUUUUGGUUCCCAGGCAACUAGUCCUGUAAACAAAACACUAUGUAUAUGGUUCUUGUUGCUGAGGAAUCACAUUUGUUCAACCCUUCAAACCCACAACACAGACAGGGCAGGAUUUGUUCUUUGCUUAUAUAUAUAUGUAGUUUGGAGACGCAUUGCUAGAA